GUUCAUAGCUUACUCUGCGCCGAGCUGAGAACCAUGGCGUACUCUAUCCCCAUCGUCGAGAAUUCGGCGUCUUUACUAUACACCCAGGCAUUAUCCACGAGCUCGAUAUUUAACUCACCGAAGCCAUCACACAGCGAUUCCUAUCAUAGGGACGGGAACCCAACUCGAUAAACACACUCACCGACGAUCGUGACGACCAGGAAAAGCAACCAUGAAGCCGACAUCGAUCCUAGCGUCUCUAGCAACAGCCGCACUCACGUCCGCGCAAACCGCACCCGACACCAUCCCGACGAUCCUCGGCAUCCGCGGCGCCAACUCAGCGGGCUGCUUCGCAGCGACAAGCAUGACGGUAGCGCUGGGCGCCAGCGACCUGCGGCUCGACUUCGCGGACAUGCGGGCGAGCGUGGCGCCGGCGGACCCGUACGACUCCGAGGCGGCGAUCUGCGUCAUGUCGGUCGAGCUCGGCGCGUUCCCGCGGGGGUGGCGCAUGGCCCUCGCCGACGUCACGUACACCGGGCACGCGAGGCUCAGCGGGGGGGCGCGAUUGCAGAGCUUUGCGGCGAAUGCGUAUUUUCAGUGGGAGCAUUUGAAGAAUAGCGAGCCGGUUGGUGAGCCGGUGGUUAAGAAUGCUUCGGGGUCGUAUCUUAUGAAUAUACCCGAGAUGCGAGUCGAUUUUGGCGCAAGCGGGUUCUACGACCAAGACUUCUCAGUCAACAUGCCGAACGCGGGCUUGGCCUGGUCGCCCUGCUUCACGGGACAGGAGUAUUCGUAUGAUGAUAAGAUGCAGGUGCAGUUCCAGUUCCAAGCCUACUUGACCAAGGAAGGCUUUUCGAAAACUGGCAGCGGUGUGUUUGGUCGUGCUACUGGCCCGGCUAUGACGGCGGAUUUUAAGGUCGUCUGGGAGAAGUGCGAUGCGACGCAGAGGAAUUCCUGGGGCCAGUUCCGCAUGGGUGAUUAUGAGACUUGCCAGCGUAUAGGCCCGGGGACUACUGAUGGCCAGCCAACUGUGAAAUGGUGAGGAGAUAUUGUGUCUUGAGUAAUGGAGGCCAUUUACUACGAUUGGAGAUACAGUAGUGAGGACGAAUAUGAGGACCAGAUAGAGUGGGUAGGUACCUUACAUGAUUCUAUCUUAGAUGCAUGUCACAAAUUAAUAGAACGACAAUUGAUUUGUUCGAA